AUGGCGGAUGAUAGUGAGUUGACUUCAACGCUCACAUACCCUACAAAAAAGACUCUAUUUCCAAUACAACGAUCUGAACUAAAUUCAGAUGGGACUUCCCAUGGCCUCCUUUUCCCUUGUGUUUCAGGGAAAGAAGUAGCUGAAGAUGGUGUCAAAGGUGGGUCGAAUGCAUGUACGCUAGAGAAAAGCUGCUAUUUCGCUUAUCUGAAAGAAAAACUGGCUGCAGGAAAUUUUCAAAAAUGGACCUAUAUAAAGAACACACAUCAUAUGUUCGUGUAUCCUGUGUCCCUAUAAAUGAAGGAUAAUGAUCAAACGCAAACAAUAUUAACUGUAUUUUUUCUGCAGGUGUAAAUCAACCAAAUUGGCUUCGAAAUGAAAGCUACAAAGCCGUCAUUGAGCAUCGAAAUACUUUUACAGAGCAACAUGAGCCUGCAGACCAAGGGGGCAAACGUGUACAUUCAGACAUUUCUAGUUCAGAUGACGAAGGGGGACUCCAUUCCAGCAAGGAAAUAAAAGUAGAAGGUUCUGAUAUUGAUCAUAAAGAACGAAAGCACCACAAGGACAAGAGGAAACACAAACAUAAAAAGAAACGAAAACAUAGACAUGAAAAAUCAGGGCCUAAAGAGUGUAUUAAUGAAGAUGCAAGCAAACCCGACACAAUUUGGAUCGAAGAAGCUCAACUUGUCCCUGAGAAAGCCUUUAGACUUCACAAAAAACCUGAUAUGGCCAAUCGAAUGUAUGACACUCUCUGUAGGUUAGAUAUUGCUUUGUAUAAAUUGAAGUCAAAUGCGACUUGUCUUGGUCUUGGUAAACAUCAAGUUGUUGAGCUGUCUGUAAAGAAAGGUAAGAAAAAGAGGAAGCAGGAUCAAAUGGUAAGAUAUUGGAGUAUAAAGGACUUCCAGGUACCAGAGAACACUGACAACAUUUCUGUGAUGUUGCAAAGUGCUGUGGAUAUGUCAAGCCAGAGAGUUGACUUGGGUGAUGGUAGAAGUUAUAUAUCCCUCAAGUUACCUGAUGAAGGUGAUAUAAGCCAAAGGGAAAGCAGUCACACUUCUUCACAAGAGGCAUCAGUGGCUGAUAGAGAUUCUAGAGAAUCUGAAGUCUUGCAAAAGACUGGAGAACUAAACAAGAUCUUGCGUGACAAACCACAUGACAUUCAAACAUGGCUAUCUCUUGUUGAUCUUCAAGAAGAGGUUUUAAGACAAGAAGACUCAGUAAAAUCAAGUUUCACAGCAACUGGUAGAGAAAGGAGAAAAGCUUCCACUAGGAUCAUAAUUGAAAAGAAAAUUGCUGUCCUUGAAAAAGCUUUGCAAAAAAAUCCAAACUCAGUUGAACUGAUAGUUGGUCAUUUAAAUCUGUGUAACGAGAUCUUGGAUACUGAGGAAUUGGUUCAGAAAUGGAAGAAAGUCAGUUUUGUUCACCCAAACAAUACUCUGUUAUGGAAAAACUAUAUACUUUUUAUGCAAUCCAGAUUCUCAGUGUUCUCAUUUAGUAAGACAGCAGCAGUGUAUGGUAAAUGUUUAAGUACAUUGUCAUCUAUAAAGGAGGGAACUUUUGCAUCACACCAGGCUGAAGGUGACUUGGAGAGUGAAAUGGUGGACUUGUUUAUCAGGGAAUGCCAAUUUACAAAGCAGUCAGGUAAGCAGGUUAAAUGGCUACAGUAUACACUUGAAAAAUGGAGCUCCAUAUCUUUCUUUUUGUUAACCCUUAAUAACUCCUAGAAGUGAUUAACUAGUAACUUCUCCCUACAAUGUCCAUACAUUAUCCAGCAAAUGGGUAAAGAGAAAACUCAAACUUAUCAGGAAGAAGUUGUUAUCUUGAUCUAACACCAAAUUCUUGUAACUGGUGUAAAAGGAAAUUUAUAGUAGCUAGAGUGGAGAAUUAACAAACAGAUUUUGCACCCAAGGAAAUGUAUAGAGAACAAGGUCCAGUUGUCCUAAAGGCCAUAAGCACUAACUCAGGAUUAAAUUUAAAUCCAGGUUUCUUUAUUUCUUCACUCAAAUGCCUUUUUAGGACAAUUUUCACUAUACUUUUUAGUGCAACCAACCAAAUUGUAGACAAAAAUAUUUAAACUGAAUCUUCUUUUUAAGUUUCCAGAUCUGAAAACAGAUUUCACACCAACCUUGGGUUGUCGUAACCCAGCUUUGAACAUCACAGCCCAGUAUGAGAAUAUCUAUACUGAUGUUAGGGUGUUAAGGGCUAACCCUAUCCAAUCUUGCAACAAAUAAAAGUGAUAAGAUCAAUCGCAAUUUACUUACAAGGCUUCUAAAUACUUACAUUCCUAUUUUUCUUUGGAAGGACACAUAGAAAAGGCUGUAGCCUGCCUGCAGGCCAUGGUGGAACUGAAUUGUUUUUGUUCACCUGAAUUGGAAAGGAACACCCCCAUUACUGGGCAGAUGGCGUUUUUGGAGACAUUUUGGGACAGUGGACAGCCAAGGUGUAGUUUGUCUACUGAAUCAAUCUCAAAUUUUCACAUUAAAAAUUGACUGGCUUAGCUGUUCCUUCCUUGCUAAGGAUUACAUUAGUGAGGAUUGUCCUUCAACAUCAAUCUAUUUUUAUCAAGGUCUACAAGUUUUCAAAAUCGUAUCAACUAUUCUGAGAGGAUAUAUUUAUUAAGAUUAACAAAAACUCCCAGAGAUUAUGCUCAUUAAUUUUGAAUUAACAGUUUGACCUGAGUCACUUCUCACCAGUGGUGAGCCUUAAAGAGGAGACUACAUCUUGCCCAGCAUUGUAACCUAAAAUCGUUCUUAUUUAUGCAAGUUCUACAAACAAAACAAUAUUCUGAAAAGGUGCUUUGACAUAGUCAAAAAUUUUAGCCUUGAAUUUAAUUUCCAAAGAAAGUUGGUAUUUUUUUCCAAGAUCUCCAAUUUGUUAUUGAUUUAAGCAGGAAUUUUCUGUCAACCAAUUGAAUUUAUUUUGUUUUUCCCAAGUAGUCAUGUCUUAGAAUUCAACUUGUGGGUUUCUGAUUUUUGUUUUUGUUUUUUUUUCCUAUUUAAAUCUAUUUUUUGAAAUCCUUAAUGUAGGUUUGGGGAAGAUGGUGCAAGUGGUUGGAAGUCAUGGUUGGCUCAAGGAAAUAGCACUGAUUCAUCUAAAGUGACAUUUAUUGAUGUCAAGAAGACUUUCAAGGAAAGCUCUGGUAAAGCAGUAGAUGAGAGUGAUUCUCAUAAUGAUAAUGAUGAUGACUUUACCAUUGAUAAGGAACAGCCUCUGUGGAGAAGUUGGCUUCAACUUGAAUUAAACAGGCAAAGGAGACAUUUGUGUCCAUGGGAACCAGAUAAGGAAGCAGGGGAAACAGAGGAGGACUGUGAUGAUGCUGAGAGACUUGUUUUGUUUGAUGACUUUAGUUCAAGUUUGUUCAAAAUUUCUGAUCCUGGGAACAGGCUGAAGCUUGUGUUAACUUUCUUGAAUCUGCUUGGAGUAUCAGUACCUUGCAUAACCUCAUCAACAAAUGCUGAUUUACAUCAAUGCUUGAACACUUCUAUAGAGCACAAGUCACAAUUACUAGAAACUGAAAGACCUGCCAUUUCUCACUGCCUUGGUUUGUGGCAGUCAUGCUAUUGGGAUGAGAUCACCUUUACUAAUACAAGUGACCUUCAGUGGCCAUCUUCAGAGGCUUUGAAUCUUAUAAGGAACAUCUUUGUACAAAGUUUGCCAGUAUUUGAAGGGCCAACAAGGAGCUUCCUAAUGGUAUUGUGGCUCUGGUUUGAGUUUGGUCUAACUCAGAAAGAGCCAUUGUUAAAACAAAGUAAAAAGAGGUGCAAAGAUGUCAGAAAAUUGGCCAAGAGCCUUCUAAAACAGCCAGAAAGCAGGUUUGUUAAUGAAUUUUAAGAAUAUGAUUUGUUUUUAAGGUAGUUUUAAUAAAAGCUAUAUAACCAUAAAUGCCACUUUUGGUUAACUGCAGAAAUGAUCUGAAGCUGUGGCAAGUUUUUGCAGAGAUAGAGUGGUUAUCAGGCAACAAAGAAGAAGCCCGCAGAGUGUUUGACUCCACUCUUUUGAUGGCAGGUGAAAUGUUUCCUGAGGAACAGAGCAGAAGGAUGGCUUUAGUACCUCUUGUCAGGUUUGACAAAACUGUUACAUUUAAAUAAUGAAGCUAUGUUUUUUCAUUUUUCUGUGAAGUUUAUUCAAACUUCUUUGUCAUCCUUUUUUUUUAGGUCCUAUGUUGAGCUUGAAGUUGGCAUCACAUUGAACUCAAAAGAAGACCAGUCAAGUGAAGGAAGCAAGAAAGCAUUACAGAUCUUGACUUCAUUUGCAGAAGGAGCAAGGAUCAAAAUGUCUGCAUCUGAUGUGUCAACUUCAGAUCUAUCUUCUGUUCAACUACUGAAAGCUCGCAGAAUCUACCAGAAGUUGCGGCAAAACAUCUUAGAAACAACUGGACCCCAAGGCAGCAAUGAGUUAUUGGCUGAGCAUAGUAAAGCCACAGGAAGUGAUGUAGUGCAUUUAGAAGCUUGCAUCGCUUUGUUUGAGUACUUGAGCAGUGGUAUCCAAAGUUUGUUAUCCAUGUGUAAUGAAUUCAUUUCACUGAUAUCAUGUGGUGUAUCAAGCCCAUCUGGUCUUAGAGAGAUGGACAUUGAACUCAUCUUGACUUUUUAUGUCAAAUUGUUUAAAUUUCACAGCAAAUUGGGCCAAACUCUUCCACUGAAAGACAUACGACACAUUGCACUUUUUGGGCUGGAAAGGUUUCCGGAUAACCCCAAGUUCUUGUCUUUUUACAUUGAGAGACAAUCAAAGUCUAUUCUCACUGGAGAAUUGAGAAGGACACUUGACAGAGCCACCUUAAAAGCUGAGACACCAGUGCCUUGGAUUUUUGCACUGUAUUAUGAGCAGUUCCGUGCAGAGUCCCUUGUCUCUGUCAUGGAAUGUACUGAUUCACCCUCUCUAGGUGCUGCAGCUGUGACGUCCCUUCCAGCUACAGGUGUGGUUCAUCGUCAGUAUGCACUGUUUGAAAGAGCAGUGAGCAGUUCCUCGGGAAGACAUUGUGUGGCUUUGUGGAGGAUGUACAUGGAAUUUGAGGCAUGUAGAAACAUCUGUUUUGCAGCUACUGCUCUUUGUUUUAUAAAUGUUUUGUCAAAUAUUACAGUCAGAUGACCAAUUGUCCAAGUUUGAUUUGUUCAGUGUAAGGGGGAUUUUAUUGAGUCUAACAGCAGAUUUAUUGAUUGUUCCCAGGAUCAGUAAAAGACAACAUACAAAAUCCUUUUGUUAGGUUGAGAAUCAAUAGCAUUAAGAUUGUGUUACUGACUUGUAGAAUAAUACUUUAAAAAUAUAAUAACUUAAAAGUAAUCUGUUGUAGUUUUGGCAUAACCAGACAAUGAUAGCUUGUUAAAUGCAAACUCUUUAAAAUUUCUUCUAGGCAAAACAUCAAAAGGAGAAGGUAAAGUCAGUGUUCUAUCAAGCCAUACAGAACUGUCCCUGGGCUAAGGUAAAUAAAACUAAGUCAUGCAGUACCAUUAUUGAAUAAAUGUAGUAUCUCUUAUAAUAAUGUCCAUGAAAAAAUGAUGGGCCUCUGAUUACCUGAAAACAAGGGCAAAGUUGUAACGCAAGUGCAAAGUUGUGACACUAGUGCAAAUUACAAAUAGUACAUGUAUGCUUUAAAAAAAUUCAUCUGUCUUGACUUCCUGUGAUGUAUACUAUUAAAAAGAAAUAACAUGAUUUCUCUUGCAAUAUAGUGUAAUAAGCACUACGGGGUUGUGCAAUUUUGUUGUCUUUGAAAAUUUACUCGUGCUUAUUCACACCAAAUUGCGCUCGAAAUCUUGUUAUUACCUAGUAAACUUAAAAUAAUCAAGUGUAUGAAUCACUCUCUCUUAAUUAGUUGGGACACCUAUUAGGUUCAGUGGGAGACAGGGUGGCCUAGUGGUUGAUGCACUGGACUCUGGGUCAAGAGGCCUGGGUUUGGGAUGUGGCCAGGUCUUUAUGUUGUCUUCUUAGGGAAAACACACAACCCUUACAGUGUGGAAUGCUGGUGGGUAAUGUUGUGAUGAACUGGCAUCCCAUCUAGGGCAGAGUGGUAAUACUCCUAAUCACUUCAUGCUUAGGAAAAUGGGAUAAGUUCUAGCUGGAUGGGCCUCUUAACUCAAGUACAGACCAAUUUUUGACCUAUUUGGAUUGCCACUCAUUUUGUUAUGUUACCUGUCUCCCCCUUCCAAUCUUGUCAAUUGCCAGUUUGUACCUAGUAUUUCGAAACAAACAUGUAGAAGGGCAAGGAAGGAACCAAGUGUCCCAACUUGUGUUCUGCACCUCACUUAGAAGAACACCUAACCAUAGAUCUGGAAUUGGCUGGGGUUCAAAUUGUCAAUGCUUGUGACUCUUAAUAUCUUUUGUUAUCAUAAUGAUUAUAUUUGUCUGUUGUAACUCUCCCAAUACAGAAAAGCAUAAUAUAUAUAUAUAUUUUUUUUAUAACUGAUCAUCUAGUGUAUGGGAUUAGAAUAUGUGACUCAACACUGUGGAUUUUACUUAUGGAAUAUAAUAAGAGACUUCAAAGGCAAGAUUUGUAUAAAUUAUCAUUUUUCAGACUUUGUACAUGGAUGCCGCACAGCUUCUACCAGAUGAUUUGCAAGACAUAGUUGAUUUAAUGGUUGAGAAGGAAAUUAGAGUGCAUGCUCCACUCGAAGAGAUUGAGCUCCUCAUGCAAGAGUAAUGUGGGAUGGUUGAG